UAUCACUUGGAUGCAGAAACGUUGAAUUGUUUACCAUUCAAAUACACUGGUUGUGGUGGGAAUGCGAACAAUUUCCGUUCCAGUUCUGAAUGUCGUAUGAGAUGUCUGCCAAUGGACUAUUUGAAAUGCCCAGCAAAUUCGCCUCCUACACACAGACCCGAUGGUACGUCAGAUUGCGAUGGAGUAAUAAAGAAAUGCCCAGAAGGUUCAAGUUGUCAGAAAGGAUUCGUUGUGGGCAUUUGUUGUGACAACAAAAAUCUCGAAAAAUACAGUGCAAAUGUGAAACCAGAUUGCGGUCAUAAAAAAGUGGUUAAGGAUAAAUCACUGGGAUUUUCCGUGAGUUUCUUUUUCCGUUGGUCAAUUAUCACUAGUAUAGCUCCAUGUAGAUCAAGUUGA